AUGCCUUUGAAACGCGUCGCAGUCAUCGGCACCGGCCCCUCCGGCGCAAUUGCAGUUGAUGCACUCGUGCAGGAGGGCGCUUUUGACGUUAUCCGUGUCUUCGAGAGGCAAGAGAAGGCUGGUGGGAAUUGGGUAUCUCGGAAAACAGAACGGGCAGAACCGUUGGACAUCGACAAUUUGAGCGCUAGGACAGCCGACAAGCCAGUCGAGAUCCCGGCCAAUUUACCAUGCUAUACGCCGCCGCUUAAGGCGCACCGUUACACAGACUCGCACAUCUACCCGAAUCUACACACGAAUGUCGACGCUAGUGUGAUGGAGUACUCGGGGCCCGGUGAGAAAAUCCCAACAGUUCGCUCGGAGUGGUCGAUCGGAUUACAUGGUGAAGAUACGCCGUUCAGGCACCAUGAAGUCAUAUGCGGCUAUGUGGAGAGCUUGCUGAAUCGAAAUGGGUACCAAGAUCUAGUGGAGUAUAAUACGACCGUUGAGCGGGCUGUCAAGAAUGAGGAGAAGGACGAAUGGAUCCUGACUUUGAGGAAGGCGGGCGGGGAAGAGGAGGGCAAGGAGAGAAUGGACUAUUGGUGGACAGAGAGGUUUGAUGCGCUGGUUGUAGCGUCAGGGCAUUACCACGUGCCUUAUGUCCCGUCUAUUCCUGGACUGAAGGAGUUUGCCGAAAAGUAUCCCGGGAGCGUGGAGCAUGCGAAGCAAUAUCGGGGGCCAGGAAAAUAUAAAGGAAAGGUAGUAACAAUUGGCGCCUCGGUCUCGGCGGCCGACACGGCCGUCUCCCUCAUAGGCACCGCCCAAACGCCCAUCUACGCCGUUACCCGCGGCAAAUACAACAUUUACUUUGGCGACCACGCAUUCAAGCAUCCCUCCAUUUCACUCCGUCCCGCAAUCACCCAUAUUGACGAUACCAACGAGUCCCGAACAGUCCACUUUGAAGACGGCACUUCCGUCUCUGGCGUGGACCACCUCAUCUUCGGCACGGGGUUUACAUGGACUCUCCCAUUCCUCCCACAGAUCCCAAUAAGGAACAACCGCGUCCCAGACCUGUACCUGCAUGUCUUCCACCAGUCUGACCCGACCCUGGUCUUUAUUGGUGCCGUUGGCGCGGGACUCACAUUUAAGGUCUUUGAGUGGCAGGCUGUUGCCGCGGCGCGGGUCCUAGCUGGAAGGGCUAAACUACCGCCAUUACAGGUGCAGAAGAAGUGGGAAGAAGACCGGAUUGCGGUCAAGGGGGACGGCGCAGGGUUCUUAAUGGUUUAUCCGGAAUUUGGGGAAUAUUUUGAACAGCUUCGGGCCAUUGCCAGCGAGCCAGACGGUACGAAGGGAAGAAGGUUGCCUGUGUUUGAGCAAAAGUGGGCGGAUGAUUUCGCGGCGGGCCAUGAGAGGCGUAUUCGGAUGUGGAAGAGGGCAAAUGAGGCGGCUGCUAAGGCGUUGAAGGUGCCGGCCUAA